UCUCUUUUCAAAGGUUAGACCCAAAUGGAGGCCAAAUUUCACAAUUUUCUACUUCUAGCAAUAUCACUACUUGCAACACAACUUCUUUCUUCUUCCUCCACAUACACUAUAAAAAAGUUCCAUUUCAAUGUUGAAUGGAAGAAUAUAACAAGACUUUGCCACUCGAAGCUUGUGUUAACGGUGAAUGGGAAGUAUCCAGGGCCAACCAUAGAUGUGAAUGAAGGUGACAAUGUCCAUGUUACUGUCACUAACAAGGUUGCAAUGAACACAACUAUCCAUUGGCACGGGGUGAGGCAAUUGCGGAGCGCAUGGGCAGACGGACCCGCAUACAUAACGCAGUGCCCGAUCGGGGCGGGGAAGGCAUACACGUACAAGUUCAGCGUGGUGGAUCAAAGAGGCACACUGUGGUGGCACGCUCACUUCUCAUGGCAACGUGCUUCUAUUUAUGGCGCUUUUAUCAUUCACCCUCGCACGCCUUUCCCCUUCUCUCUCCCAAUCUACCCUGCCAAUGUCCCUAUUAUCUUUGGGGAAUGGUGGAAUGAAGAUGUAGAAAUAGUAGAAAGCGAAAUGAUGUUAUAUGGUGGAGGACCUCAAAUUUCAGACGCUUACACCUUCAAUGGAUUACCAGGCCCAUUGUACCCUUGUUCUGACAAAGAUAUAUUCAUCCAAACAGUCAUACCCGGAAAAUCCUACCUGCUAAGGCUCAUCAACGCUGCACUAAACGAUGAGCUCUUCUUUGCCGUGGCCAACCACACCCUAACCGUGGUGGAGAUUGAUGGCGUCUACACGAAGCCCUUUGCCACGACAGCCAUCAUGAUCGCCCCCGGCCAAACCACCAAUGUCCUCCUCACCGCCGACCAGCUCCCCGGCCCCACAGGAAUAUUCACAAUGGCAGCAAGGCCUUAUCUCACCUCCGUCUUCCAUUUCAACAACUCCACCACAAUAGCCUUUUUGAAAUACCAAACAAACCCUAAAUCCAACCACCCCCCAAUCCCACCCUACCCUAUACCCCAAAACCUCCCAAAUUUGGAAGACACCCUCUUUGCUACAAACUUCCUCAACAGCUUAAAAAGCCUAGGAUCAAAUAAAUUCCCUUGCAAAGUCCCCCAAAAAAUAGACAAACAAGUUAUCACAACAAUAAGCCUAAACCUGCAAGAUUGCUCUAGCAAUCAAACUUGUAGAGGGUUCAAACAAAAUAGAUUCUUUGCUUCAAUGAACAAUCAAUCCUUUGUUAGACCUUGGAUAUCACUUCUCGAAUCCCAUUACCACAACCAAACCCUCAGAUCCUCCCCCGGUUUCCCUGAGAGGCCACCCUUCGCCUUCAACUACACGGGCGUGGACCCUUUUACAGAGAACAUGAGCCCUAGCUUCGGGACAAGAGUGUUGAGGCUGCGAUACGGGGAGAGGCUCGAGAUAGUGUUGCAAGACACCAAUUUCUUGAACCCUGAAAACCAUCCUAUCCAUGUGCACGGGCACAACUUUUUUGUGGUGGGGAGAGGGUUUGGGAAUUUCGACGCGGGGAGGGAUCCGGUGAGGUACAAUCUGGUGGACCCGCCGGAGAGGAACACGGUGGCGGUGCCGGUGGGAGGAUGGGCGGCGAUACGGCUAGUGGCGGAUAACCCAGGGGUUUGGUUUGUACAUUGCCACCUUGAGGAGCAUACCUCGUGGGGUUUGGCAAUGGGGUUUGUUGUGGAGAGUGGGAAGGAGGCGUCGCAACGGUUGCUGCCGCCUCCUACUGAUCUACCUCCAUGCUAGAGUUUAGUAACCUUUUUUUACCAAAUUCUCAUUUUCAUUUCAUUUGUGAAAGGGUUCUUGAGUUUAUACCACUUUGUUAAUAUCAAAUGACUUUACCGCUUUUGUGAAAGAGUUUUCUUAUGCAAAUCUUGAAUUGGUGAUACAUUUUUUUGGUUAUCAUUUGGGGGGAUUAGAUGAUGUUAUGUUGAGAGAGAGAAGGAUAUUGUGAAAAUAGUAGGUAUUGGAUUUCGUUGUGAGAUUUUUGUGUAAUGCGACAAAAGUGAUUGAUUUUGUUUAAGGAGUUUGUACUUGUUUUGA